AUGGCGUUUGAGGACAUGAAAGACAAAAUUACUCCUUCAAAUCAUAGCCGUGAGACAUCACCAAACCGCGGCUCUUCGGUCCACCAAUCCAUUGCAAUUCCUAAACCGUGCAAACCCCUCCGUCAAUGGCAACAUGAACAAAACAUCGACCGUGAUGCCCAAAUCAAGCUUACAAAACUGGUACACAUGCGCUACCAACAUCCCAAUCUUGAUGAAAUCAGCACCUUUCUCCGCGACUUCGGCAUGAGCGUCGCAAAACAAGUCGACGAAAAAGUAUGGUUCAAAGGCUACAGUGACGACCAAUACGUCUAUUACGCGCGACGUGGACCCAAAAAGUUCCUGGGUGGAACCUUUGAAGUCGCCAGCUACGCCGAGCUAGAAAAAGCCGCAAAACUGCCUUGCGCAGCAAGCGGUAUCCAAGAACUAACAGAUGCACCUGGAGGCGGGUCAAUGGUAACCCUCCACGACCCAGAAGGUUUUCCCAUAAACCUGCUCUACGGCCAGACGAAAAAAGAAGCCGGACCCUACCCAGAAACACUGAUUACGAAUUACGAAAACAACAAACCGCGUAUCGCUCGCUUCCAGCGCUUUAAACCAGGACCGGCGGCUGUGCAUAAACUAGGUCAUUACGGUCUUUGCGUCACGAACUUCCAACAGGAAAUGCAAUGGUACACACGAACCUUCAAUAUCGUUCCCACGGAUUUCCUCUACAUUAACACGCCCGACGAUCCAUCCCAGCCCCGCAAAGACGUCGCCAUCUUCGCACACAUCGACCUGGGGCCAGACUACACCGACCACCACACCAUCUUCCUGUCCCAAAACCCGUCCGCGCACGUGCACCACUCGUCCUUUGAAGUGCAUGACUUUGACACGCAGAAGUUGGGGCAUGAGUGGUUGGCGAAGAAGGGGUAUGAUAGUGUGUGGGGGGUUGGGAGACAUAUUUUGGGAAGCCAGCUUUUUGAUUAUUGGUGGGAUACUACGGGUUUUAUGAUUGAACAUUAUGCGGAUGGGGAUUUGGUGAAUGAGGAGACGGAGGUGGGGUGGGGGGAGGCGGGGGAUGAGAGUUUGGCGGUUUGGGGGCCAGAGGUUCCGGGGUGGUUUUUGGAAGGGGUAAGGCCGGAGGAGAGGUCUGUGUUGUGA